CAGUACAAGAUGGCGGAGCAGAUCUUCUCCUGGAUCCUGGACAAGGGCGCCAGUAUCCUGUCCGAUGACCAAGAGGAAAACUCGGACAUCUUGCUGAAAGCGAUCAAAGAUGGCGACUUAAACAUUGUUAAUCUAACCCUCGGAGUUGUCUCGGACAUGAAUAAAAUGAAAUUCGAAGGAGAGUCUCUUCUUAGCAUCGCGGCUUAUAGCGGACAAGCUGCCGUGGCAAAGGUCCUUGUCAGUAAAGGGGCCGAUAUUGAGGGGAUGGACACGGAUGGACAGACACCGUUGCAUAUAGCUUCAAGAGAAGGACAUCUUGAUGUUGUUCGGUUUCUCGUCUCGAAAGGAGGAGAUGUCAAUCGACAAACUUACGAUGGGAUGACUCCACUUGCAAUGGCAGCAAAACGAGGACACCUAGAUGUCCUAAAGUUCAUUGUCGGCCAAGAUGUCGAGAUUGACAAGGCCGACAAGGGUGGAAGAUCCCCCCUUCUCUGGGCUAGUGCUCGAGGACAUCUAUCUACAGUCAAUUAUCUCCUUCGCGUAAGGGCAGAUCCGAACAGCGCUAAGAAGAAUGGCUGGACGUCCAUGCAUUACUCCAUUUUCUACGACCAUCUGGACGUCCUCAAGAGUCUUGUAAAUGCAGGAGCUGACGUCAACAGGCCAGAUCAAGAUGGGACCACGCCUCUUCAUGUUGCUUGCUACAACGGUCGUAUACAAAUGCUGAAGUAUUUGCUGAGCAACGGAGCUGAUCUUCACAAAACCGAGUUCGAUGGGACGUCAGUGCUCCACUCUGCUGCUUCUCAAGGUCACCAAACUAUUGUCAGUUAUAUUCUACGACAAAAAGAGGGUAGAGAGCUCGUGAACAGACCAGACGCACGAGGGGAAACACCCCUGCAUGUCGCCACCUCUGAAGGUUCGACCUCUAUCAUUGAUGUCCUGGUUUCCAAUGGAGGUGAUCUGAAUGCCCAGACCUAUGGAGGGCAGACCUGCUUACAUCUUGCUGCUACAGAACUCUGUAGUGGCAAAGGAUCUACAGAGAUUGAAGUCACCAAGGAACUUUCAAAGUUGAUGACCGGAAGUUCAAAGGAUACCCUCGCACCAGUCGAGGCUUUUAUGAAGCAUUUGAUUCAGAAGGGUGCUGAUGUGAACAUACCAGACAAAGCUUCCAAAAAUCCACUGGAUUAUUUAUCACGGAGGAUGGCUAAAUUACUAGUUGGGGAGCAGAGCCGAGUACAAGACGGGCGCCCUCCCGGAGGUGGUAAGGUUGACCAGAAAGUAAAAAGGAAGGCUGGUUCUUCAAGAUCAUCAUCCAUAUUGAACGAAGAGGUCUUAUACUGCUUGUCUGAAGACAUCCCGAAUGAGUUAGUCCUGGCACUUGGUCUCAAAUUAGGAAUUGCCCAGGCAAAGGUCAAACGGUUUGAGCAAACAAAUCACAAAGGCUCUGAAGUGACAUCAUUAGGAACAAAUGCCAUGCUUUACCAUUGGUUUAAUAGUACGUCAGGUGAAGAGGGGCUACCAACACUCAAAAGAGCACUUCAGAAAGCGGGUUUAGCCAGACUGGCGGAGGAAUAUCUCCCAGAAGGGAAAACCAAUUAAAACUUGUUAAAUUAUCUGAUCCAUCUAACAACUUCCCUCCUAUGGAAGUAGCGAGAUUGAAUCUAAUGUCAAAAAUGUAGCUUGGACGUUUAAUUUGUAGUAAACGUCGUAUACUUCGUAACUCCAG